CACUUCCUGGUUCAAGUAGUCAGCCAUCCAGCAGAGACCUUGUUCCUCCUCCACCUCCCAUGCCUGGCAUGGACAUUGCAUCACAACCCCCGUGCCCUCCACCACCACCGCCCCCACCUCUAAUUCCCAAAUCUGCAGCUUCUGGGCUGGGAGUUCCCCCAUCUCUUGGACCAGGUGCUUUGUGUCCACCGCCACCGCCACCAAUGGUGAAUGGAGUAGCUGGUCCAAUGCCAAAGGCUCCUGGAGACAUUCCGGACUAUCUAACAUGUCCUGGUCAACGACACUCUCUGCCUGCUAAUUUUUCAUCCAGUACAUUAUGGGCUGGUCAUUCAAGUACCCCUCAGUCAUUUUCAACACUUCCUCGAAAAAGAAUGAGAACUCUGAACUGGACCAAGGUGCCACCCAAUGUUAUAGAUAACAGCAUCUGGAAGAGUCAACCAGCAGCACUUUCAUAUGAAAUGUCAGCUCAUCUUGCUCGUUUAGAAGAACUCUUUUGUCAGAAAUCAGCUAGUACAGCUUCUACUCGAGGAACAAACACACGACCCAAAUCAUCUCCUCCUGGAAGUCGUUAUGCUCCAGCUCCUUCAGAAGAAGUGAACUUGUUGGACAGCAAGCGAUCCUUGGCAGUAAACAUUUUUCUGAGGCAGCUGAAGAAGUCUCCAGAAGAAGUGGUUAAAAUAUUGCAAAAAGGGGAUGCAACUGCGUUAGGUGUAGAAAGAUUACAAGCUUUGGUGAAACUUCUUCCUGAAAAAGCUGAGGUUGAAAUGGUGAAGAGUUUUGCUGGCGAUCAUACACGUUUGGGACUGGCAGAAAAAUUCUAUGACUUGCUGGCAGGUGUGACAGCCUAUGAACUUAGAGUAGAUUCAAUGCUUUUGAAGGAAGAAUUGGAAUCUCGACUUGGAGAAGUUCAACCACAAUUGGAAGCAAUUGUUAAAGCCUGCGAUGAUAUAAAAACCAAUGAAUCUUUAAAAGAAUUUUUACUUUUGGUCUUGCAAUUGGGCAAUUACCUUAAUCAGGGAAGCUAUGCAGGAAAUGCAGUGGGUUUUAAAUUGAAUGCACUCCCUAAGUUGUUGGAAAUGCGAGCAAAUGCUCAACACAUCACCUUUUUGCAUUACGUAGUGGAUGUUGCUACCAACUGCCAUAAAAAUGCCCUUGUAUUUAUAGAAGAACUGGCAUCUGUCUCAUCCCUUUCUCGUUUAUCUUUGGAGGCAAUUUUGGAUGAUGUGAAUAAACUUGUUGACAAAGUAAGAAGCAUCAAUGAGGAAUUGCAGAAGGCACCUGAAGAUGUUCAAAGUCAAUUCUCUGAUUUUCUCUCCAAAGCCCUUGAGAAAGUCAACAACUUGACCACACUCACAGAAAAUGCUCAAGAAGCUUGGGCACAUUUAGCCAAACAUUUUUGUGAAGAUCCAGUCAAGUUUACUCCAGAGGAAGGGUUUAAGCUUCUAGCAGACUUCUUCCAGAAAGUCAACCAAGCCCUAAAGGACAAUGAACAACACAAAAAGAGAGAAGCUCGGAAAGCUCUGAUUGAAAAGAACUCGCCUAAAGUUAUAAUGAAAACGACAAAUAAACAGGCAUGUUCCUCUAAUGCUAAGAGUGCAAUUGACAUGCUCAUGGAAGAAAUCAGAGGUGGUAACUUCCAACUGAGAAAUACAAAAAUCAGUACUAUUCGAUAAUCUCUGUUCAGUCCUGAAAAUGUCGAGCACCUACAGAAUCAGUAACCAGCCAAAAUAUCGCUGGUUCUUGAUAGCUUGUCAAUUUCCACUCAGAAUAUUGACUUUUCAUAAAUAUUCAAAGAACAUCCCCCAAUAAAAUUUAGAAAUUAACGGAGGUUCUUUGUGAAUAUACAUUUUUUAAAAAAGUAAAUAAUAAUAAUCAUCAUUCUUCUCAUGUGAUUCUCUUGUUUCAAAGAUACACACAAAUUUCAUGUACUAGGAACUAGAGAUUACAAACCAUCUUUUUCUGAUUUCUUCCUUGCAUUAAGCACACUUGUAAUUAUAUUGUACAGUGUAAUGUCUUGAAAGUACUUUUAUUUUUAAUAGAAAAAGCUAAUUAAUCAUUUUAGAAUUUUAUACCAUAAUUUUAUACCAAAGCAUAAGGUCACCUUGUAUUUAAUCUUAUUUUUCUAGUUGUAGAUCAUAGAAUCUCAUUAAUUGUACUCUGUGAAGUGAUCGUUAUGUAAAAACUGUGUGUUUAUUUAUUAAUAUGUCUGUGCUAUGUCAAGCAAGUCUUGUGAGUGCAUUCUAUGUCAAUAGCAUAUAAUAUUGUGACAAUUGUGUACAAUAUUUUGUUAAUGAACUGUAUUCUUCAAAA